GUGGUGAUCAGCAAUUGCUUCCAUUAGUGAAGGCUAUGAGAAAUUGUCAUUUUUGUCAGAGAAACUGGUAAAUUGUAACAUUGAAGACAUUAUGAGUGGUGCUCCAAAGAGAUUACAAGGGCAUGAGGGAAGUCAUCCCAUGACUUCAAAACGCCCGCUGGAGGAGCCUUCCAUAUUUUCCAAUCUUUCUGGUAAAUUUAAUCAAUCACUUCCUAAUGAAUACCACCCUCCCUUCGUGCCCAUGAGUGAUGGACGGUUAGCAAAAGUCCAACGGAUUGAGCCACGUGAUGCUGAUAAACGAUCAUCUGUGCUUCCACUAUAUCGGAUACCAUCCUCUUCUUUUGGUUCAUGUUUAGGCCAUCCAGUUGCUGCUGAGAGCAGACCAGAAUUGAGAGAUUCCAAGGACAACAGAAGUGCCAAGAUUGAGAACAGGGAAACAAAGGCAGACACUAGGGAGUUGUCCAAUGAUACAAGGAUGGAUCCUCAAGCUUCUAAAGGUGAGAAAGAUACAAGGUCAGAUAGUGUAGCUGGUGAUAAAGAAAUAAAAUCUGAGAGGGAGUCUCAAACGGAUUUUAAGGGAGAAAUUAAGGUGGAAAAGGAUGGUUACAUUCCAGGGAACUCUCACUUGAAUUGCAAUGAACCUAAAGAAAACAAUAGAGGAAAAAGAUAUUCAGAAACACCAAAUGAUGGUAUGGAUCCAUGGCGAGUUGCACGGGAUAAUUCACGUAGCAUGGAUGAUACUGGGAAGGAAGCUUUGAAAACUGAAGAGAGGGAGUGUUUAGAAGCAUGUGAGGCUGUUGGAGAAAACAAAGUUGAUUGGAAAGCUGAAGAGAAACUCAAAGAGAAGGAAGGGAAAAGGAAGGAUGAGAAAUACAGAGACUGGGGAGAAAGGGAAAAGGAUAGAAAUGAUCACGGAAACAAUCUGCAGCUAGGCAGUACAAGUACUGAACGUAGGGAAUUAACUAGGGAAGAAAGAGAACUGGAGAGGUGGGAGAUGGAAAAAAGGGAUGUCUUGAAAGACAAGGAACGGCCGAAGGAUAGGGAAAAGGAUCAUAUUAAGAGAGAAGCGUUGAAUAUAAAUGAGAAAGAGAUUCCACACAAUGGGAAGGGACUGGUGGAUGGAUCUUUCAAAAUGCCUGAUCAGGAAAGUUCAGAAUUAGAGCAGAAGCGACUUAAACAACUUGAUAGUUUGAGAGUCAUGGAUAGGGAUGAUAAAGAGCAGAAAAGAGAAAUGGAUCUUGAUGUGGAAGGAGAUAGACGUGAUAAAAGUGGUAGGUCUUACAAGGAACCUGAUGAUGCAUGCAGAGAAGGCGAUAGAGUUGCUGAAAGGGAUAGAGAAGUAUUCAGCCCUGGUGUUCAGCAGCGCAGGAGGAUGCUACGGUCAAGGGGGACCUCCCAACCAGCUAGUCGGGAACCUCGUUUUCAGCCUCGUCCUCCACGAGAUAAUGAAGGAUCUCGAGGUAAACUUGAAGUCUCCACUGUUGUCUACAAAGCAGGUGAAUGCAUGCAAGAACUGCUAAAAUUGUGGAAAGAAUAUGAAGCAUCUCAAGAUAUUAAAAAUGGUGAAAGCUCUCAUGACACUAUUCCAACUCUGGAAAUCCGUGUACCUGCUGAAUAUGUCACUGCCACAAAUCGCCAAGUCAGAGGUGGCCAGCUAUGGGGAACAGAUAUAUAUACAGAUGAUUCGGAUCUUGUUGCUGUUCUCAUGCAUACUGGUUAUUGCCGCCCAACAGCAUCGCCUCCUCCUCCUGCCAUCCUUGAGUUACGUGCAACUAUUAGAGUGCUGCCUCCACAAGAUUGCUACACUUCAACUUUGAGAAACAAUGUUCGGUCUCGCGCUUGGGGAGCUGCAAUUGGUUGUAGUUAUCGUGUUGAACGGUGUUGCGUUGUGAAGAAAGGAGGUGGGAGCAUUGAUCUCGAGCCUUGUUUGACACAUAUAUCAGCAGUGGAGCCCACUCUUGCUCCAGUGGCUGUUGAACGUCCAAUGACUACAAGAGCUGCUGCUUCGAAUGCAUUGCGGCAGCAGAGGUUUGUACGUGAAGUUACAAUCCAAUACAACCUAUGCAAUGAGCCAUGGAUUAAAUAUAGUAUAGGCGCAGUUGCUGAUAAAGGAUUGAAGAGGCCCCUUUACACGUCUGCCCGCUUGAAGAAGGGAGAAGUGUUGUAUUUAGAAACCCAUUCAAACAGGUAUGAACUCUGUUUCAGUGGAGAGAGGGCUGUCAACAAUGGUGCAUCAGCAGCCUUCCAUGCAUCAGAAUCAGCAUUGCAGAAACUUCAUAAUCAUAAUACAUGUGCAACCCAAGUCAGUGAGAGAAGUAGGGGAGAUCGUGACGAUGUAUUCCGAUGGUCACGUUGCAAGAAGCCCCUUCCCCAGAAAGUAAUGCGUUUGAUUGGAAUCCCAUUGCCUGCUGAACAUUUGGAGAUCCUGGCGGAUAAUCUUGACUGGGAAGAUGUGCAGUGGUCGCAAACUGGUGUUCGGAUUUCUGGAAAAGAGUACACGCUCGCACGGGUGCAUUUUCUCUCACCAAAAUAAAUCUUCCCACAAUUGUAUUCCAAUAUUUAUGGUUUCCUGAUUCAUCUAUGUAAAAAUAUGAAGGCGAAUUGCACAUCACUUGUCUCACAGAGUUUCCCAUAGGGAGUUGCAGCAGACAUACAAGAUCGGGAUCUCGCUUCCAGCAGGUCCACAUAUAUGAUGGCCUAAAAGUCCAAACAUCAGGCCAAUGGGAUGAUGCUGGCCCGUCGAUAGGAACAGGGACCAAAAAUAUUCAGUGGUUUGUUUCCCCUCAAUUCUAGAGAGUGGAGUCACCAAACCUGCCUUCAUGUCUUCCAUGGUUCGAAUGGGAACUCUUGUGAGGCAACGUGUGCAAUUAGCAUCCAUAAAAAAUGUAUCAUCAGGCAUUUGCCAUUAUUUAUGUGCAAAAAUGCGCUUUAGUUGGGAUUUUAAAAUGCCAUGUUUUUCCUUCCUAA